AUGAAAAAAUUAUACAAAUAAGAAUUAAUUACUCCUGAUAUCGAAUCUUUAAAUGUCCGAAAUCUACUAUAAAAAAAAGCCCGGGAUAUGAUAAUAACCUACGACAUGUCUUAUUUCUAGUAAUUACCUUAAGCUUUAAAAAGAUUUUUUGAUAUCUGCGAGAAAACCAUAUAAUUAGCAAUCGAUUAUUUUUCUCGUUUAAUAAAAAUAGUUCCGAAAUCUGAAUCAUUUAUGAAAUAUAAAGGUCCUAAAUGUCUAUAUGUUGAUGUGCCUAAAAUUGAUUAAACUAAUGCAAAAAAUUCUGAUUUACAUUUAUAUAUAUCAUAUAAAAAUGAUCCCAAUUCAGAAUAUUUAGCCUUUGCAUACUCGUGUUAAUUUUUAAAAGGCAUUGGACCUACUCACGGUUUAAUUAACUUUAAUUUAAAUUAAUUAUCAGAAAAUUUUAAGGAAAAUUAUGAUAUUUAAUUCGAAGAUUUAGUUGAAAUAGUUAUUCAUGAAAUGACUCAUAUAUUAGGUUUUAGUAAUCUUGAUAUGCCUAAUUGGGUAAAUUCUUAGGGAAAACCUCAUACUAAUCCUACUAUUACAUAAAAAAUAAAAGGAAUUGAUACUUUAUUGUUAUAAACUCCUAACGUUUUGAAGUUUGCUCGAGAAUAUUUCGGAUGUCCUACAUUAGUUGGUAUGCCUCUUUAAAAUAUAGGAGGCAAAGAUAGUGAAAAAUCUCAUUGA